AUCCUAAAAAAUUAAAUCAACAUCAAGAUCUGCACCAAGAACAAGAAAACGAACUUUCUCCAUGGCACUCUCAAUAUUUGGACAGUGAACUCAGUCAGGAUACAAAAAGCACUGAUACUGUAGAAAAUAUUUUAACAGCCAGUAUUAUUUCGGAUUACGCCAGUUUGCUGUUAGAAUCGCCAGAGUGUAGACUGCAACCUUCAAAGCAAAAAUACCUCGUAAAGGCAGUUGAUAAAAGUAAGAAUUCAAAUACAGAAGCGAAGAAGAAGAAAAAGAAGAAAGACGAGGAAGUGGAAGGAGGUAAUUUCUUUCUGUCGAAUUCUUACUAUAAUCUAGAGUUAUCGCAAAACAGGGUUAGCCCAUGUCCUUCUAAUAUAGAAGUGGCGAAAGAGGAACUGCCUACAAAUGAUUAUAUGUACCCAACUACUAACUUCGAAGAAGGAACAAAAGAGCAAGUGAACUCGUACAGUAACCAAACAAUCUCAAACGAAAACAGCAACCAGGAUUCAACUCACCAAUACCAUUACUAUCUUCCUCAUUGUUCAUCUAGCGAGCACUGCAACCAAGAAUCACCGCUAACGCCAUCUGUUACAUCGUCUAAUCUUUCUUCAUCCUUCCAUCUUCACCCUAACCACCAAUCACAUCUCAAACUAGAUUGUGAGAGAGAGGAACAGGCAGUAGUGAAUGCAACCCAAAGUGGUCACUUCCAUUCUUCUCUUCUGCAAAGCUGCAGCAACAGCCGUACACAUAUGUGUGCAGGGGGUGUUUAUUGUCAAUCAGAAGGGGUAAGUGUAAGCUCUGGAGCAGAAGGACGAGGAGUAAGAGUAGGAGGAAUAGGACUUAGCGGAGUGGGCUGUGCAUCCAUGUCUGAGAUAGGGGGCGGCGUUAGUUGUGAAGAGACGAGCUCUAGAAAGCGCCGUUGCCUCACCCCGAACCCAUAUCAAAUACAGAGGCAUGCAGCUAACAUCAGAGAGAGGAAAAGAAUGUUGAGUAUCAACUCUGCCUUUGAAGAACUCCGUUGUCAUGUUCCGACAUUCCCGUACGAGAAACGGCUUUCCAAGAUUGACACUUUACGUUUGGCUAUUGCUUAUAUUGCCCUGCUCAGGGAAAUUCUUAUGUCAGGGGCCGAUCCCCUUGAAUAUGUUGAAAACUCGCUCCGACAGGGAACUGGCAGCAAGAUGAAAGCUGUAUGGAACACAAGUGAUUUGACUGCCAGAUUGUCUUGGGUGAAAUGGGAAAGUCUGGGUGUCCGGCGGCGACCAUUCCUCGGUUUACUUCCGAAUUCUGCAACCAAUUAGCGAUGGAACCUGAUUACCGGCGACUCUUAUUUUCGGUAAAUACUAGAGACAGCAACAUCAUAUUCUUGGACAAACAUAAACUUACAUUUACU